AUGGCGCCCCCAGAACAACCAAACCUCCUCGUCAUGGGCCUCCCACCCAACCCCAACAACCAAAUCGACAAACCCCUCGAGCAAGCCCGAACAGAAGCAGAAAGCAAAGGCUACAACCUCACCAUAUGCACGCUGGACCCCAUUAACUGGCCGGAAGAACAAACGCUCAGUGUCCUAGGUAAAGAGCUCGACACGAGAAAAUACACUGUUAUCAGUAUAGGCUUUGGUGUUCGUGGGAAUAGGGGUGCUACGCCGAUGUUUGAGAAGAUGGUCAAUUUAUGUGUGGAGAAGCAGCCGGGGGCGAAGUUUGGGUUUGCGGUUCACCCAACGGAUAUUGUGAGUGCUUGUGAGCGUGCGAUGGGGGUGAGUGAGAGGAUUGUGGGAUUGUAG